AUGGCUGACAAGGCGAAGGUGCCCACGCCGCUGUCAGACGCCAUCGCAACGGCAGAACUCCUGUCACGCAUGACGGAGUUGUGCUCGUUGGUGGUUCAACGCCUGGAUGCCGGGUCGGUUUCGCCGCCGCAGGCACAAGCACCUCUGCGACUCAACUUACCGGUGCCUACCUUCUCAGGUUACACCGAUAAGAAGUCUGUUGCCGAUUUCCUGAAUGACCUUACCGCCUAUCAGACAGGGACCGGCCUCACUUACAGGCUUCGUCGCUGCGACACCGGCGAAGAAACUGCGCCAGUUCACAUCUCGGACCUGAAGUCUUACCACCUCCGAGACCCUGAUGGAGAGGAGCCCGAUUCGCAACCUGCCUCCCUCCAGGACCUGGACCCGCAUCCCGUUCCUGGACCUGCGUCCAGCCGCUACAACUUGCAUGCAACGACGUCCGCAGCAUUCCGCCCGCCGUGCACCUUCCCGCUCCCGUUCCCGCGGAAGCCGCCCGGAUCCGGGUCCACCCCAGCACCACUCUGUGGCCACUUGGACAGUUGUGUCCCACGGACAGCCGGUUUCCUGGGCAUCCCGUACACGGUGGGCUCACCAGCCAAGGCCCCUCCGGGGGGACGACCCCACACAGACGCCGGCUCCGUUUCGCGGUCUGACGCUCACCGACCGCCACCCGGCCGAUCCCCUACAGCCCCUCACUGCGGAGGAGAAGCGGAUCCUAUGCCCGCUCUGCUUGGUCCCCGAACUGCACCGUCCGACACACCGCCGGGGCCCACUUCACCAGGCCCGAACGGAGGCCGCCGGACAGCGAACGACUUGACAACAGCCCUGUCCACCCUCAGGCGGCUCAGACCCGAACUUCUGGUGGAGACCAGACCUCCCCCUCCUCCGCCGCCUGCCCCCUCUUCAGCCAUGGACGACGCCGUACUAGACCUAUCGGACGACCUCAUGACCCUGUAA